AUGCCCAUUUAUUUGGCUGAUGCAAGAGUUGACCAGUUAAUGGAGGUGGAUGGCACGACCUGGGAUAUUGGCUUAUUGCAGGAUAUUUUUGUCCAAGAAGACGUGAGUCGUAACUCGUCUAGCAUUUGGAGCGGGAUAUGGGGUAUUCAAGCUCCGCUUCAUAUGAAAAAAUUUCUAUGGAGGGCGUGUUCGGGUUAUCUCCCUACAGUUUAUGCGCUGGCUACGCAUAAGGUGUUUGUCAACUCGACUUGUAUGGUUUGCAAUCAUUUGCAAGAAUCUGUGAUACAUGCUCUUGUGAAUUGUCCUUUUGUUGCGGACUGUUGGGCGUUGGCGAAUCUGUCGGUUUCGAUGGAUGGGGUUGAGGAUAUUGCGUCUUGGUGCUUAGAUUGGCUGUCUAGAUUCAGCUCAGAGGAGGCGUCAUUUGCAGCUUUUAUAUGUUGGAAUGUGUGGUUGAAUCGCAACAGUGAUGUGUGGAAGCAGGUCAAGGUUUCAGCUAGAGAGAUUGUUGCUUCUGCCGGGUUCCAUCAGUCUUCUUGGCAAGCUGCUCAAUGCAGAAAAGGGGAAGCAGGCAUGGCGGAGGUUAGCAGGAGGGAUGGUGGUGUUUUGUGGUCUAAGCCGGAACCUGGUUGUUUAAAAGUCAAUAUAGAUGCAGCGGUUUUUAAUGGCAAUAACAUUGUCCAAGCGAGGCAAGUAAAUCUGCUUGGGUCUUUCUCGCCUCGUCAUGCUGAGAUAAUUGGAAUUCGAGAAGCACUGAGUUGGUUGAAGGGCCUAGAUCACUUAGUGAUUGAGUCAGAUGCUAGGGAUGUCAUUUUGGACAUUCGAAAUCCGGGUUUAGUGGAGCCAGAUAUGAUGAUUAAAGAUUGUUUGGAGUUAGCACGACAGUUUCAUAAUAUUUCUUUUGUUUUUGUGAGGCGAUCUGCGAAUCAGGCUGCGCAUAUGUUAGCGCAAAAUGUCCGGUACUUGUCAGGUCAUCAGGAGUGGUUCUGUCACUUCCCUGAGUUUCUCACCAAUGUAACUGCCUCUGAUUUGUUUUAA